UUAUGGGCCCUAUUUUAACAAUCUAAGCACAUGGUCAACGAUCUAAGUGCGAUCUAAAGCGCAAUGCGCAAGUGCACUUAGGGUGUGAGUUUAGAAAGACUGAACCUUCAAACAAACUGUUUUCAGACUCAUGAGAAACGAGGUGAUGCUGCAAUUGAUAUUAUGGAUAUCAAAGUGUGUUUUUUUUUUUUUUUUUUUUUUACUUUGGGAUCAUGUAAACAUAUUGUAAGAGACUUCAAAACAACAUUAGGAGCCUUUAAAAUAGCAUAAUUGGAGCACUUUAAAGUGUCUUGCUAAAUAGCACAAUGUUGAGGGUUCAUGAAUAGCAAUCAGAACUACUUUCACUUUUACAGUUAAUGGUUAAGCUGGGAUACAAGAACGAAUUUUAGCACACAAAAAGCUACACAAACCAACACUCAUAUGACUUAUGUUUACAUUCAUACAUGCAUUUUUCAUUCCAUUCAAACGGCAUGUUCUAAACUACACAGUAGCCCCGAAGUGUUCAAAAUAACACAAACAAAAAGGAUAAAGCAAUAAAAAACAAUCAUUAAAAAGAAAGUUAAAAUGCUACAGAGCACAAAUAUAACUUACAACAACCUAGGAGAUAGGCAGCAACUUUACUUUACUUUACAAAAUCUUCCCUGUGAGUCAAAUCUUUUCAACGAAUCAUUUGAACUUGAAUGAGUCAUUUGCAAACUGAAAUGCACAACAUCAAUCCAAGUGAUUCGACAUUUGUAUUACAUUGAUUCUCUACUCAUUAAACUGAGAUCUGUUUCUUUCUUUUGGCUUCUGGCAAACUUUCCAGUUCUCAACCACUGCACAUGCAACAGUAGAAACUUCUAGCAAAAACAAUUUUUUGUCUUGCGUUUAUUUUUGUACAUACACUUUAUCAACAGUGUUUGGCUAGUUAAACACAUUCAAGUGUUAACCACAUGGACCAAGUGUGAAGAGCUGAUCUUUUUCAGCUUGAUAUGCACAGCUACCUUUAAACAAUCUACAUUAUUAUUAGAGGCAGUAUCACAUGUACUGAAAAAAUGUGUUUGUGAUGCAUUUUCACACCUGCGCCUUUUCAACUCAAUAAAUAUCACAGUCAACUGAGUGUCUCUGGCACUCCUUCAACUCAGAUUCAACGAGACACAAGCUCAAAAACGGCACAGCACAAAAUACUGAAGAGGAAGUGAAGUGGGCCUCGAAAAGCAGACCCUAAACAAGUGCUAUAAUCAACUUCUCUGGAAUUAAACAGGAUGAAAUCAGCUGUUCUCAUCUUGCUUUUCAUCACUCUGGUGUUCAGUGAUGGACGGAAUAACAGCAUUUCCAGCAAUGUUCAACCUGAAAUCAACCUUUUUUCUAACUGGUCAACUCCCUGUCAGAAAUCUCAGAAUAAAAACGCAUUUAAUACUUUUAUGAGCAGACACAUCCUCUUACUUGACUUCGACACGACACAGCUGUCUUAUUGGGGAUAUUAUCUUGCAGUAAUGGGACUUUGUGGCAGAACUUUAAACCAAUCCUUCCUCAAUAAAAGGGACACCAGAAGCAUUAUGAGAGUCUGCAAUGGAGAAGGCAUCAGGUACACAAAUAACAUGUGCAUCAGUAGGGAAAAGUUCUUAGUGUUCAUUGUUAAAAGCGAAUCGAAAAGUGGAGAGUGUAAAUUUCAACUACAGUUUGAGAUUGCGCACGUGAUUAUUGCUUGUGAGGCCAUUGAAAGGGUUUGUUUGCCUGUUCACUAUGAAGGACAAGCUGACACAGCACCACCAGAACAUGGUGAGAUCUGCAGAAGUGCUAAGUAGAAUGCUAGUAGCAAGUAAGUUCUACUUAAUCUCUAGAGGACGUUUUCCAAAAGGGUCAUUAUCCAAGACAAAUGCAAAUAUGUUCAUAUGUGUCAAUUCUAUUAUCUAACAUCAAUUCUACAGCUGCUCAAAACAAGCUGCCUUCAGUCCUUCGAGGUCAGAGUUUGUCAUUCAUUUAUAAAAUGUCCCUUGGUGAAUGUGUUGGUAUUAGUGAAUCAGUUCCAAAAGUGAUCAGUCAUUCAUUAUUGUCAUGUUUCAAAAUGUUCCCUGAAGUCUUUGCUUGCUUGUUUGAAGGAAUUAUCGCUGUUUAUUACCAUUUUAAAUGAUAGCAAUUAGGAUGUUUUUGCAAGUGUAAUUUAGAAACAAAAUUACAUGUUUUUCAAGCUCUUUUUUGGGGUUUAAAGAUAUACAGUGGGUACGGAAAGUAUUCAGACCCCCUUAAAUUUUUCACUCUUUGUUAUAACGUUUACCAUCCAACCUGACAGAACUGGAGAGGAUCUGCAAGGAGGAAUGGCAGAGGAUCCCCAAAUCCAGGUGUGAAAAACUUGUUGCAUCUUUCCCAAAAAGACUCAUGGCUGUAUUAGAUCAAAAGGGUGCUUCUACUAAAUACUGAGCAAAGGGUCUGAAUACUUAGGACCAUGUGAUAUUUCAGUUUUUCUUUUUUAAUAAAUCUGCAAAAAUGUCAACAAUUCUGUGUUUUUCUGUCAAUAUGGGGUGCUGUGUGUACAUUAAUGAGGAAAAAAAAUGAACUUAAAUGAUUUUAGCAAAUGGCUGCAAUAUAACAAAGAGUGAAAAAUUUAAGGGGGUCUGAAUACUUUCCGUACCCACUGUAUAUGGGGCAAGAGAUGUUGCUGUACUUAAAAAAAUCUAUAUUAAAAGUUGCUGUGCCACAUGAAUGUGUAAAUUUGAUAUAAUUUCAAUAAAAGCUGCCUGAGCAAAGCUUGGUAUUAUCUCUGUCCUUUGUCUGAGUGUGUUUCAAAAAUGAAAAUUCUGUCAUUAAUUACUCACCUUCAUGUCGUUCCACACCUGUAAGACCUCCGUUCAUCUUCAGAACACAAAUUAAGAUAUAUUUGAUUAAAUUUGAGAAGUAUAUGACUCAUCCAUAGACAGCAAUCUAAUCACCACUUUCAGGGUCCAGAAAGGUACUAAAGACAUCAUUAAAACAGACGACGUGACUGCAGUGGUUCAACCUUAAUUUUAUGAAGCGAUGAGAAUACUUUUUGUGCACAAAAACAAAUAAAAAAUGACGACUUUAUUCAACAAUAUCUUCUCUUCUGUGUCAUUCUCACACAUUGUUUACGUCCAGCUCCGACUCAUUAUUGGCCGGCUCCUGUGCCAACAUCACACGCAUGCGUCAUGCUGCUCAUGUGAUCAGCUUUGGCCAAUACUGACCCAGCAGUCGGAUGUAAACAUAGAAGCCUUCACUAUGCUUACUGCGUCAGCUGUUUAAGGAUAAUGACAGGGAAGAGAAGAGAUUGUUGAAUAAAGUCGUUAUUUUUGUUUUGUUUUUGCACACAAAAAGUAUCCUUUACCUUUUAUAAAAUUAAGGUUAAACCACUGCAGUCACGCUGACUGUUUUAACGCUGUAUUUAGUAGCUUUCUGGACCUUGAAAGUGUUGAUUAUAUUGCUGUCUAUAUAUGGACGAGUCAUAUACCUUUUGGAUUUCAUCAAAAAUAUCUUAAUUUGUGUUACGAAGAUGAACAAAGGUCUUACGGGUGUGGAACAGCAUGAAGACCAGUGACACUUUCUAAACUUCAGCUCAGACUCAACGAGACUCUUUCAUUUGCACAAGCUCAGAACGACACAAAGCACAAAAUAUCCAACCAUUACUGAAGUGACUCGUUAAACAGCCGAGGGUUGCAGUGUUUAAGUUCUCAGGAACUAAAAAGGAUGAGAUCGACGGUUCUUCUCACGCUCUUCGUGACUCUAGUGUUCGGUGAUGGAUUGAAUAACGUCACUUCCAGCGAUGAUCAACCUGAGAUGUUUUCUAAAUGGCCAGCUCCCUGUCAGAAAACGUCGAAUAACAACGCAUUUAGUGUCUUUAUGAGCAAACACGUUCUCCAAUUUAAUUUCGACACGACGCAGUCACGCGCCUGGGUAGAUUAUCUAACUAGAACACGUCUUUGUGGUGUAAAUCCUCACCAGUCUUUUCUACAUAAGGACGACUCCAAAAGCAUUAUAGACAUCUGUAAUGGAGGAGGCAUCAGAGACUCACAAAACUUGUGUGUCAGCAUGAGGAAGUUCAGAGUGUUCAUUGUUCAGAGCGUCUCGCGAAAUGGACGGUGUGAAGUUCAAUUCCAGACUGAGAUCGCUCACGUGAUCAUUGCUUGUGAGUCCAUUCUUAAUGUCCAUUGUAUCCCUGUUUACUUCUCAGGAAUAAUUUACACGGCACCAUCACAACGCGGUCAGCUGUGCAAAGUUAAUAAGCGAUUCCUGAAGAACUAACUAGUUAGUUCUACUUCCAAAACAAAUGCAAACGUGUUUAUAUUCUUCAUUUCUAUCGUCUAACGUCACAUAUACAUCUGCUUUUAGCCUUUCUUUUUUACAUUGUUUCAUUUACACCAGAAUACAUAUAAUCACAGAAUUUUUCAAUUACAGUUUUAUUAUGCUUAAUAAAAACUGGUCUGUAAUGAGAUUAAUCACAGCUAUUGUAUUAUGUUUUACAUUUACAUAAAAAGGACACUGUGUCAGCUUAAAAAGAUCCAGGUUAUACUGUACACAUUAAAAAUAUUACUUUAUGUUUUUGAAAUAAGACUCUUCUUCUCACCAAGGCUGUAUUUAUUUGAUCAGAAAUACAGUAAAAACUGUAAAAUAUUAGUAAUGAACCAUUUUAAAUUAAUAUAUUUUAAAAUGUAAUUUAUUCCUGUGAUCAAAGCUGAAUUUUCAGAAUCAUUACUCCAGUCUUCAGUGUCACAUGAUCCUUCAGAAAUCAUUCUCAUUAUUGAUGCUGAAACUCAUUUUUGCUGUUUAAUAUUUUUAGGAAACCGUGAUACAGUACCAUUCAAAAAUAAUUUUAAAAGAAAUUAAAACUUUUAUCCAACAAGCAUGCAUUAAAUUGAUCAAAAGUGACAUUUAUAAUGAUACAACAGAUUUCUAUUUCAAACAAAUGCAGUUCUUUAUUUCACAACAUUACUGUAUUUUGAUCAAAUAAAUGCAGCCUUGAUGAGCAUAAGAGGAAAAAGUCUUAAAGAUUUUAAAGAAUCGCAAAGGGAACAUCAUAUUUAGGGGUCAGUGGCAUCAUUUGUUUUUGUCAUGUUUCAAGAAGGUUCCCUGAAAUCUAUGUUUGCUUGUUUGAAAAAAAUGAUUGCUGUUUGCAAGUGUAAUUGAGAGAACAAAACUUUUAAAUAUAUAAAACUUUUAUAUUCUUUAAAUGUACAACUGUGGAAAUGGUGUGUUUUGCAAAACCAAAGUUGUGUUAUUUGUGCUAAAAAAUAAAAUGUGUUACUGUC